AUGGUGUUGAAAAAGACCCAAACAGUUCGGUUCGUGCAACUAGCGGCGUCACUGCAGCAGCCUUUCCACAUUGAAUACUUUUUGAAAUCGUUUGUUGAAUCGCCUGAAGGCUUUAAAGUCGAGAAAUUGGAGAUAUUCUUCGUUGCGGAGGAAGCAAACAAGCGGAUUUUUGCGUUCACCUCGUUACUGGACAAGGGCUACUAA